GAGAUAUCUACAAUACUGUUUUGACUAGUCAUAUUCAUCCAUUGAAUUCCAUUGGAAAAUAUUUUCAGAUAUCUACAAACGAGUUUUUACUAGUAGAAACUGUAAUUAAAGAUAUAAUCGACUUUGUACUAGGCAAAAUUCCAAUUAGAGAUAUAUUUAAAAAGAGAUAUCUUGAAUUGCAAUUCUUCCUAGUGAAAUCUCCUUUAAACAUAUCUGCAAUUUAAUUUUGAAUGUCUCAAUCUGAUUUUUGACUAUCAGUGUAUUCAGUAAGUUGAUUCAGAGGCAUAAAGGAAAUUUACCAGAAGUAGGCUUUGACUCAAGUAAGGAAAUUAUGUACUUCGUCCACCUCUGCUUACCAGCCGGUUGGAUGAUCUCUUCGUGCUGCUCCCGAACUGCUCACGAAUCAUUAAAAGGUUUUCAUAGUUGGAUUAAUGAACGCAAGGAUAAUAAGGGCUAUCAUCUGUUCUCCUGAAAAAGUCCAGAUCGUCGUAGAUCAAUAUUUAAGGUAAAAGAAGGCAAAUGGAACUCAACAAAUGGAAGAGAUUUUUAGGAAUAUGCCUUAUCAUUACAUAUAUUGUUCUGAUGUGGGCAUGCAGAAACGAGCAUCCUGAUCACACAAGUAUGCCAUUUUAUAAAAAACAGAAAAUCUCGGAGGAUUUACAUUCAAUUACACCCAUCAAAGACUCACAGCACUUCAUGGUGUCUGCAUUUAUUGACCACAGAUUGGAUGGGACCAUUCGAGUCAUCAGUAUAAUCGACAGACACAAUCUUCAGCCACUUUACUGUGUUUUCUGCACAUUUGAACAUGACUGUAAAACAGCUGAGACCGACGUCUGGAUACAUAGUGACCAUUUUGGCUUCCCGUUUCAUGUCUCAGAUGUGAUUUGUAAAGGUAAACACUUGCAAGAUGCAACUCGUGUCCUCAUCUCAACUAAAGCUUCCCUGGACAAUGAAACCCACGAGUAUCUCCCAAUGCAAAAUCGUGUAGUGAGUGAGACUUUCAAGUUUAACUUCACAGUUUGCAUCUCCAACCUUUUUGGUGACUACAACAAUGUUCUGCAAUAUGCACAAACUAUAGAAAUGUACAAGCUUCUGGGGGUUCAACGAGUGGUCAUCUAUAACACUAGUUGUGGACCAGACCUGGAAAACCUCUUAAAGCAUUAUGAAAGAGAGGGAAUAGUGGAGAUUGUUCCAUGGCCAAUCGACAAGUUUCUUAACCCGUCCCCAGGUUGGAACUUUAAGGAACACAAGGGUGACAUUCAUUAUUAUGGACAGUUGACAACACUCAAUGAGUGCAUUUACAGGCACAUGUAUCAAUCCAAGUACGUUCUCCUGAAUGACAUCGAUGAGAUUAUCGUACCUUACAAAUUUGCCAAUUUACCAUCUCUUAUGAAGAACCUCCAAGCUGAGCAUCCCAAUGUGGGUGUGUUCCUCAUUGAGAACCACAUAUUCCCCAAAACACAGUUUGAGGACAGUGGGCGCUUCAAGCGACCAGAAUGGCGUAAUAUUUCUGGGAUCAAUAUCAUGGAGCACAUUUAUAGAGAACCUGACCGAAAGAAUGUUUUCAAUCCCACAAAGAUGAUUGUUAAUCCAAGGAUGGUGGAACAAACAUCGGUACAUUCCUCCUUGAAAAACUUUGGAGAGACAUACCACGUUCCAUUUGAUGUCUGUAGGAUUGUACACGUUCGAGUCCCACUGCAGGGGCAUCUGACCAAAGACCAGCUGGCUGUGGACAAAAAAGUCUGGGACUUUGAGCAAGACUUGGUGCCAAAUGUUGACAAGGCAUUGGAGCGUUCUGGUUUGUUAAGACCUUACAGCUGACAUCAUCGAAUUGAAAUGUAAAAGGAGUAUUGAUUGUUUUAUCUUGUUAAAUGCUGAUUCUCAUGAUAGGAUGUUGGUUUGACAGUUUCAUAUACUAUAGGACCUCUUCAAUUCCCACUUUGGUGAAAAUCAAGUUUGAAAUGUUGAUUAUAUUUUGAUAUGGUGUUUUUAAUAUGCUUUAAGAUAAACCAUGUGCAAAUUCAUAAUUUUAAACCAUUGAAGAGUACUUUCUCCAUAAAACUGCAGUUUAGCAAAGACAGUUUUAAAAUUCAGUUUGAAACUUCCUCUUGAACUCUGUUGUUAUUGAUUCCUUGCAGCAGUCUACACUCUUAAAAAUAAAGGUGACUCACAAUGCCAUAAAAGAACCAUUCUGUAUAAAUUGUUCCAUAAAAAACUUUAAACAUCCAAACAACCUUUCUGUUUCACAAAAGGUUCUUUUGGUCAAAAAAGGUUCUUCAGAUUAUAAAAAGGUAAGAAAGAGACGGUUCUUUAAAGAACCCUUAACUGAAUGGGUCAUAGUGGAACCAAAACUGUUUCAAGAGGGGCUUUCAGACUACAGGAACGGCUUCGUAGUUCUGGGACAAUUUGCCAGAAGUACCAACGAUUUGCUGUGUUCUGACCGUAGGAACCAGCCAGAAUUUUUGUUCAGGAGAACCUUUUGGGAGAACCCUUUACUGUAGGUCCUUCUCAGAGGUAUGGUCUUAACCAGCAGGAUAGGAAUAGGCCCAUGAAGUAAACAAACUCGGAUUGGCUGUACCUCUGUUGUUUGGUUGUUUGUUAUUGCUCGACGGGCACGCUUAUAUGAUUUUAAUGUUUACUAGCUAAUGUCACUAUAUGGUUCGUUUUGCAUGUGCGAAUGUGGAAUGCGAUAUGGCUUGAGGGAAAACUUAGUUCACAAACAACAGCCCUCUUUACUCGUUCCGAUACUUUGCUCCUGAACUUUUUUUUUUAGUCAUUUGGCAGACGCUUUUAUCCAAAGCGACUUACAGUGCACUUAUUACAGGGACAAUCCCCCUUGUGCAACAUGGAGUAAAGUGUCUUGCUCAAGGACACACUGGUGGUGGCUGCUGGGAUCGAACCAGCAACCUUUUGAUUUACCAGUUCAGUGAUUUAACCCACUAGACCACCAUCUCCAUAGUUAUACUUAUACUUAUAUUUCCGAACUUAUAUGUCGGAAUGCCCACAUGGCCUCGCUGUGAAGAAACUUUUAAGCACUUUUAUUUUUAAGACUUUACCGAAAGUGAAGUUUGAUUUACAAAAGGUUUGUUUAUAUUCUAUUCUAGCCUUUGAAACUUUCCACAAAAAACAUUCUGUCACAGGUUCUUUAAAGAACCAUCUCUUUUUUACCUUUUUAUAAUCUGAAGAACCUUUUUUCGCCACAAAGAACCUUUUGUGAGACAGAAUGGUUCUUAAUGGAACCGUUAAGACAAAAAAGGUUCUACUAUGACAUCGUGAAGCACCUUUAUAUUUUAAGAGUGUACUGUUUAAGCUUGUUACCCACAUGAGAAGUGUGCUCAACUUCAUGCAGCGCUGCACAGACUGGGGGCAGAAUUGUUGAAUAUUUCCGAAUAAAUAUAGUAUGUUCCACAAAUAAUUGUAGACAUUUUCACAAACAUUUUCUAUAUUAAUGCACAAAAAGCGACCCAUAAAUAUAUGUAAGACAUUCAAUGAAAUGGAAUUUUCAAAUAAAUAAAAUGAGAUUUUCGAAAAAUAAAAAUAUUGACACAUAUUUUAAAGGCAUUCGUUUUUGGAAGGCUUUUUUGCAUUUUUACAUUGCUUUUUUGUGCAUUUGUGACCCUGGAUCACAAAACCAGUCUUAAGUAGCAAGGGAACAUUUUUAGUUAAAGCCAAAAAUACAUUGUAUGGGUCAAAAUUAUUGAUUUUUCUUUUAUUUAAAAAAUCAUUAGGAUAUUAAGUAAAGAUCAUGUUCCAUGAAGAUAUUUUGUAAAUUUUCUACCUUAAAUAUAUCAAAACUUUAUUUUUGUGAGUGGAUGGCCUGCUACAGUGCCUCUGAGGGACAACUUUAAAGGCGAUUUUCUCUGUGUUUAGAUUUUUUGCACUCUCAGAUUCCAAAGUUAUAAACGUCUGUAUCCUCGCCAUAUAUUGUCCUAUCUUUUACAAUUUAUACAUCAAUAGAAAGCAAAAUUAUUCAGCUUUCAGAUUAUUUAAAAAUCUCAAUUUCAAAAAAUUUACCCAUAAGACUGCUUUUAUUGUCCAGGGUAACAUUUGCACAUUGCUCCACACAUUAGUCAAUCGCUAAUAAAUAUAUGUUUUUAUUCAUUUUGGUAUAAGACCUAUACUUAAACCUUUCCAAUACAGUAAUAGCACUGAUAUUUUGGCAAUAUUAACAAUAAAACAUCAUUAAAAAACUUUGUGAUCAGCAAGUUGUUUUCAUUGUGCUUUUGAGUCAAAUUAACUUCAAAUUUUAAAUUGAAAAUCAGAUAGUAUAAAAGCUUUUCAAGCUGAGUAAAUUAUGACAACUUCAGUAAUAUGGUAAAAUGUCAUUGGCAUUGAAGUAAACACCAUACAUAAUUGAUUUGGGUCACUUAAAUACUUUUAAAGGGUUAGAUAAGUGUGUUUGUUAGUUUAAUGAUUUUUUUCUGUGUCAAAAAUUCUGUGAAAUUGCUGGGCACCCCAGUAAAAAACUCCCUGAACAUGCCACUAUUCAUUUCGUAAAUAUCAGCAUUUAUUUAUUUAGCGUCUGUUGAAUUUUUAGACGUUGCUCUGCCCCCCACAUCCUGUUUCCUUUUCCGGAGAUAUUGCUUGCAGUGCUUUGCUUUUGUGGAUUUUAUCAUGCACAAUAAACUGGAUUUGCUGCUUCUCACGGAAACCUGGCACAAACUUCAUGAUGGCUUGCUUUUUAAUCAACUGUCACCAGAGGGCUUGGACUUUUUUAUGCUGCUCUGG